UUUUGCGUUUGGAGAGCAACAUCGAAUUUGCGAAUCGGAUGAGCUGAAAAAUUUGAAACAAAGAUUGAGUUUUUUCCCUGUUUUACUGCGAGAAAUUUCAACAUGAAAAUCGCGGUGGAAGGCUGUGCCCAUGGCGAAUUGGAGACAAUUUAUUCUGCUCUAGAAAACAUUCAACGUAGAGACAACAUUAAGAUAGAUUUGUUGCUUUGCUGUGGUGAUUUCCAGGCUGUUCGGAAUGAGGUCGAUUUGGCCUGCAUGGCGGUACCUCUGAAGUACAGGGAAAUGUGCAGCUUCUAUAAGUAUUAUAGCGGCGAGAAAAAGGCGCCAAUUUUAACAAUUUUUAUUGGCGGUAACCACGAAGCCUCGAACCAUUUGUGGGAAUUACCCUUUGGCGGCUGGGUUGCACCCAACAUAUACUACCUUGGUUACUCUGGGGUUGUCAAUUUUGGUGGCUUCAGGAUUGCUGGGUUAUCUGGGAUAUUUAAGUCGCAUGAUUACAACAAAGGUCAUUAUGAAGCCCCGCCAUUUGACCAGGGAACUGUUCGUAGCAUUUAUCAUGUCCGAAGCCUGGACGUUUUUAAGCUGAAGCUAUUGACGAGACCUGUGGAUAUCGCAAUGUCACAUGAUUGGCCAAAAGGUGUUUAUCACUAUGGCAACCUUAAUGAGCUAUACCGCUGGAAAGGAUUUCUACGUCCGGAAAUUGAGAAUGACACCCUGGGCAGUUAUGCAGCCCAGGAGGUGUUAAAGUCCCUGCAACCAGAUUUUUGGUUUUCUGCACACCUGCAUUGCCGAUUUCCCGCCCAAGUUACCCAUAGUCAGACUGGGAAAGUAACAAACUUUUUAGCAUUAGACAAAUGCUUGCCUCGGCGCAAAUACCUAGAGGUUAUCGAUGUGGGCCCACCUAAGGGACCAAUGGAGUUGUCCUAUGACCCAGAAUGGUUAGCAAUAACUAAAUCAACGCUUCCUUUAUUCAACACUGAACCAGGGAACACAAAACUGCCUUUUAGAGAGUCCAUUGUGACGUCCCUCAAGCCAAAUGUUGAGGCAAUUAAGGCAGUACAAGAGUUGUUUGAAGGGGACUUGAGAAUCCCAGAAAAUUUCACCCAAAAUGUCCCUUUGUACAACCCUGAUAGACACCAGAAGCAUGUUCAAGUGACAGCAGGGAAAAAUCCACAAACUGAUACUUUUUGCCAGAGGUUGAGAAUCAGGAAUCCAUUUUGGGCUACAGAUGUUUCUGGGGAUAAAAAUCCCGAUGAAAUUAGUUUAAGUGAUGAGGGAGAGGGUGAUGAUCUAGAGGCCAGCAAUUACCCCAGUAGCAUUCAAGCAUCGCUGCCCCACACAGAAAGUGGGAGAGGAAAGGUUUCAUCUGAAAAUCCAGAUGAGAUCAUAAUAAUUGUAAGUGAUGAAGACAAGCCAAGUGAUAACCUUGCAGUUUGCCUACCAGCACCAUUGCACACACCUGCGCAAGUUGCACUACCCUCGAGCAAUCCAGAUGAAAUUGGUUUCGCAGAUGACUGUAAGGAAACCGAGUCCCAGUUUAGUGAUUUUCCAGUACCAUUGCCACCAAAACUUGAUCCUUGUUCAUCGCUUGCCAAGGAGCCCGAAACUAAUGGGAAAGAGGAAGAGGUGGCAAAGAUUGAGGGGAGAAGAUCAGACUCUGAACCUCCACAAAAGAUGUUUAAGCUUGUGAGAAGAAAUCAGAACAUGUAUUCAACUACUGAGGAUUCUGAUGAAGAAAAACCUUGAAACCUAAGCUGAAUAUUGUUCUUUCAGUGAAAAUUUUUCAAAUGUAUUUGUUAGUUUGUAGUUGUGAAAUA